AUGCCGAAGCAAUACGUUAUCUUCGGGCGACCCGUGCCGCGGGUGUCGUCGCGUCGCAUCUCCGUCCUCCUCGCCAGCCUGGCCCUCUUCGCCGUCUUCAGCCUGCUCUUCACGGCGCCCUCCUCGAUCCCCGGGCCCACGCUGUCCGGCUCCGACCACAAGUUUUCUAUGUCGAUGUCCAUACCAAAAUGGAAGAACCUGCCGACGUUCAGCCUCUUCAAACCGCUGGCCCACGAGCCGCUGCCACCCCAGGCCAACUCCACAGACGGCGACUCGCACUGGUACUCAGACUGGAGGUGGCUCGCGAUCCCCUUUAGCUCGAGCUACACGCUCGAUGAGGACAUGACUCUGCUGCCCGUCAUGCCUAAGCGAACCGAGAUCUACUGUUAUUACGACACGACGCUGAAGAGGGAGCCCGCUGAGAAGGAGGCCGAGAGCGACAUCCUGCUGUCGUGGCGCCGCGCGUGGUGGGCGCAGGGCUUCAGGCCAAUCAUCCUGAGCGAGCAGGAGGCUAUGAACAACCCCAUCUACGAGGAGCUGCAGCACAUGGUAGACAUUGACCCGGCCCUGAAGACGGAUGUGAUGAGGUGGCUUGCCUGGGAAAACAUGGGAGGCGGCCUGCUAGCUCAUUAUCUCGCGUUCCCCAUGGCGGCCCACGACGACCCGCUCUUGUCAUACCUACGCCGGGGUGAAUACCAGGGCCUCACGAGGUGGGAGAACCUCGAUGACGGUCUCUUUGCCGGGGCGAAGCAGGAUAUUACGGCCGCCAUCAAGGCUGCGCUGGGCAGCUCCCAGAUGAAGACGGCCAAGACUCUCCUCGAUGCCGUGCCGGCCGAGAAGGACACCGAGAAGAAGAUGAUCUGGGUCGACAAGACGCCCAAGUCGGUGGCGUACUACAAUGCCGAGACUCUCAAGCACAAGUACCAAGUGGUGGCCUCUGCCAUCACCACGAACCGCGCCAAGGGGCUGGACCAACUGAACCAGCUCAUCGGCUCCCAUCUGCACCUCACCUGGCAAAACAACUUCAACAAGGGCAUCUCGGUGCUGAAGCCACUGCCAAAGCACACCACAACCAUGAUUCAGCCCGCCGUCGAGCUGGCCAACCGGCUACAGAAAUGUACCGAGUCACCAAUGCAGUCGUCAUGCCCACCCAACAACCCCAAAUGCGCCCCCUGCGUGUCCUCACAGCCCAUGAAGAUCUCUAGCCCGCCCAGAUACCGCAAUACGACAGGCCUGUACACGAUAGGAACUGUGCCACACCCUUACACGCUGCACAUCUUGAACGAGUUCAGAGAUACUCUGGACAUUCCCUGGAUACGCCGCAAAUCGGAACGCGACCUCUGGCUUGCCGAGGUCACCAAAGAGUACCUCGGCACAGGUGUCGGUGGCGCGCCUCGCGUCAUCCGCUUCAAGCAGGCCGUGGCCGCCGAGUUUGCCGCGUCGCGUUCCAUCUGGCUGCCCGCCGAGCAGGAGCUGCCAGAUGAUCUUGACUGGCACUUUGGCUUUGAGAUCCCGCUCGAGGGUCUCGACCAGGGUAAAUCCGAGACGCCGGUGCCCGGGCCAGAAAGGAGGCCGCAGCCGGAGCACGAUAAACACGACGGCCCGAUCGCGAAGCCCGAGGAGCUCAAGAGGGAGCCGGACCUGCUGCAGCGGGCGAGAGCCGUCACGGGCAAGGCCAAGGGCAAUGACCUGACGGUCCGCACUGCGAUUGAGGCGUGGAACUUGGCAGAUACCGAGGCAUGGAAAUUUGCCAAGGCGUUUUUGGCCAGGGAAAGGGUGGAGAGAGCCAAAUUUGAGCAGCAGGAGAGCAAGUAUGCUGGUGGUAUAGGGACGGAUCGCGACAGGUGA